AUGAUGUGCCGAGCAUUUUCAAUAAUUCUCCCCGGGUCAGCUCGGAAUUGGUACCGACAACUUAAACCAAAGUCGAUCAGCUCCUUCUCAGAGCUCAGCAGAAUGUUCCUUACCCAGAUCGUCUCUAGUAAGAAGAGUCAGAAGCCGACUAUGCAUCUGUUCACCCUCAAGCAAGGGAACAAAGAGCCGCUGAAGGAUUACAUUGCCUGCUUCAAUGUGGCGACAUUGGCUCAGAAGUACACCAAUGCGGAGGAAUUCUUCAACUCCCACAAGAACAUUCAAGCAACCGAAACAUCGUCAAAGGAAAAAAGACCAAGGAACGAAGAGCCUCAAUCAUCCAAUAAAAAACCUGAUGACCGAGCCCCUCGUGAUCGUCAGCCGAGCCGAAGGCCCGAGGACGAAUUCUAUUCUUACACUCUUCUCAACACUUCUACGGAGCAGAUUAUGUUAGAUAUUAGAGGCCAGAGACUCCUGAAUUGGCCUAUCUGCAUGAAGACCGACAUGGAGAACCAAGACAAGCGCAAGUACUGCAGAUUCCAUCGUGACCACGGCCACAACACUAGCAACUGUGUUGAUCUCAAGGAUGAGAUCGAGACCCUUAUCCACAAGGGUCGUUUGCGCCGGUACACCAAGGAGGAGAGGUUGGCUCAGAAAGAAGAACGGCCGAGCGAAACAGUGGAAGAGCCUGCGGAAAUUCGAACUAUUUAUGGUGGCUCAUCUAAUGGAGGCGACUCGAACAAGGCUCAUAAAGCCCACUCAAGCAAUAUGUCAAUUUGGCCGAAAGAUCGAAAAAAGAGCUUCUUGUCAACCCCUGCCGCUUGA